AUGCCUAACGCAGAGAGCCGCAGGCUGUUUGUUAAGGACGGGCUGAUGGUGUACGUGACCAUGUACCACAAAGGCAUCAGGCAGACCAGCAAUGCCAAGGUCAUUUACCGCUACCUGCCGCGCGAAGUAGGCGAGCUGCUGUUCUACUACCUAGAGGAGACGUGGGCUGGCCCGCAGCGAAGGAAGAAGCAGCGGCUCGUUGACGAAGAUGAGGAGGAGGAGGACAGAGAGGGAGUUAGAGAGGAAGAAGAAGAAGAAGGGGGAGAAGGGAGCAACAAAGACGAGCGCAGCACCCAGACAGGAUUAGGCAGGAAACGCAAGCGAGCAGCUGUAAAGAAGCCGCAGCGGUGGGACAAGGACAUCCUGAAGGCGCUCAACUGGGCCGACAACGAGGGAGAAGAAGACGUGGAAGACGACCCGAUCGAUCUGGGAUCCGGGCACAGGUCCAAGUUUGCUGGUCAGAUCUACGGCAGGCCUAUAGAUGAGUCGCCUUUUAGCAUUAUGGCGCAGCAACAGGCACUCUGGCAGGUCAGCAUCGCCUGGCACUGCUUUCUACAGUUCAGCUCAACAUUAAAGACGCCGCCCGCAAAGGGGACCCAGGCUGCUGAAGCUAGAAAGGAGGCGGUAGAGGAACAGUUCCGGCGCUGGAAGCAGAUGCGGAGGGUGGACGUUCAGGCGGCGCUCGAGCGGCUGCAGGGGAAGGGCAGCACGUUUAGAAGCGUGCAGCAGCCCGCUAUAGAGGCCAUCAUAAAGCAGAAGAGCCCUGUAGUGGUAAUCAUAGGCACAGGCAGAGGCAAAAGCGCAACAUUUAUGCUGCCGGCGUCGUGCUCCACCAGCGUCACGAUUGUGGUCGUCCCUGUGGUUGCGCUCAAGCAGAACAUGAUAGAUCGCUGCAAAGCUGCUAGGAUCAACUGCGUCCUGUGGGACAGCCAGCGGCCGCACGAGUGGGCUUCGAUCGUGCUGGUGGUGCCCAAGUCCGUAGCCACGCUAGCAUUCGAGCAGUUCAUUAACCGGCAGCGAUCUAUAGGCCGGCUGGACCGCGUUGUUAUCGACGAGUGCCACACCAUACUGGACUCGGUCAAGGGCUGGCAGACCAAGGUGCUGAAGCUGCGCGAGCUGGUUAAGGCGGAAACGCAGCUCGUGUGCUUGACGGCGACGCUGAAACCCACGGAGGAGAGCGAGUUCAUCCGGCUGAUGGCGCUGCCGCCAAAGGAGCAGUGCGAGUGGUUUCGUGCACUAACAAGCCGGCCCAACCUUGCGUACAAGAGCGAAGCCGACGUGCUGGCGGAGCUGGUAGAGGAGAAGAAGCAACAGUACCUGCUGCCCGGCCAGAUUGUGGUGUACACCAACUCUAGAAAGAAGGCGCAGGGGUACGCUGCAAUGUUGGGAGCUGUCUGCUACCACCGCGAGGUGGGCACGCCAGAGGAGAAGCUGGAGAUCUUGCGCCAGCUCACAGAAGGGACAGAGCACGUGUUUGUGGCGACGAACGCGCUGGGGCUAGGGAUCGACAGAGAGACCGUCAGGGCAGUCUUGUUCGCUGGGUCGAGGAACACGCAGAAAAUGCGCGACAUGGUGCAGAUGGGAGGACGUGCAGGCCGCGGCGGGCUUCCCAGCGAGGUCAUUUUCAUCAGAGGCGCCACGUACAGCCCGCAAGGCAAGCGAUACGCUAGCGGCUGGGCCAAAGACACAGAGGAGGGUGUGCGCGAGCUUGUUGAGGGUGACGGCUGCAUGAGAGUCAUCAUAGACCGCGAGAUGGACGGAAACCACACCAGAGAGGGCUGCGAGCCAGGAGAAGAGCCGUGCGGCUGGUGCCAGUUGCAGGUGCACAGCGCUGGAGCAGAGGUAGAAGCAGCCGUGGGCGACGAGGACGAGACAGAGAGGGCCGAGUUCAACGCCCAGCUGCAGGCGCGCAGGAACUUGAGCCAGCAGGAGAGGGAGCUGGCGUCGCGCGAGCAGCAGGAGGUGCAGAGGCUGGAGGAGAUGCUCAAGUCUUAG